AUGGAUGAAGAACCCAUAAUUUAUAGUAUUACUACUCUAAACCAGGAUUUUCAGCAGAGGCACACACCAAAAAAUAUUAAGGAUAAAUUGGAUCCAAAUGAAUUGCCAUUAACCAAGAAGAAUCUGAAACACCAGAAACCUUGUAAAAGACAGCACAAAAAUAUAGCAGAAGAUGUCAAUGAUAAAGGGGAUGUCUUGCCUCUUCCAUGGAGGCUCAUUUCUAGCAUGCUGGGUGUCUUGUGCCUUCUCCUAAUAGCCAUUGUGGUAGCUGUUGUUACUGCAAACUCAUCUUCCAAAAAACCACCUCUCAAAAUCCAGCAGAAAGUCAUAGAGAGCCUGUGUCUUGGACCUCAGUGUCAUUCUUGUCCAGAGAAUUGGGUUUGGUUCAGAUGCAGAUGUUACUACUUUUCCAAGGAAAAGUUAACUUGGAGAGAGAGUCAAAGUGCCUGUUCAUCUCUAAAUUCCAGUCUCAUCAAGAUAAACAAGGAGGAGAUGCAUUUCUUCUCCUUAAAAUCUUUCUUUUGGAUUGGAGUCUACUAUAAUGAAACUGGCAGGCACUGGCUGUGGGAAAAUGAUUCAUUUCUGCCUUCUGAUAUGUUUUCUCUUCCUACACCUAUAUUAAGACAAAACUGUCUAUCUUACAAAUCAGGAGGAGUUUAUCUAAGUGAAAGCUGUGGAAUUAAACAGACUUACAUUUGUAAGAAUCACCUUAUUUUUUGA